AUGAUAAACGGCCUUCCUCUUGACAAGAAAUCAUACCCUAUUGCCGAAGGAGAAACUGAUUCUUAUCCCAUUGCUGGAAGAGGAUACCCUAUUGCUGAAGGAGAAACCGAUUCUUAUCCCAUUGCUGGACGAUCAGUCCUUCUUGCUUCAUUCUUAAAACCCAUUGCUAAAAGAGGAUACCCUAUUGCUGAAGGAGAAACCGAUUCUUAUCCAAUUGCUGGAAGAGGAUACCCUAUUGCUGAAGGAGAAACCGAUUCUUACCCCAUUGCUGGAAGAGGAUACCCUAUAGCUGAAGGAGAAACCGAUUCUUACCCCAUUGCUGGAAGAGGAUACCCUAUAGCUGAAGGAGAAACCGAUUCUUAUCCGAUUGCUGGACGAUCAUACCCUAUUGCUGAAUCUAAACCCGAUUCUUAUCCCAUUGCUGGAAGAGGAUACCCUAUAGCUGAAGGAGAAACCGAUUCUUAUCCCAUUGCUGGACGAUCAUACCCUAUUGCUGAAGGAUACCCUAUAGCUGAAGGAUACCCCAUUGCUGGAUAA